GCCGCGCAUGCGCUGACCGGACCGCAGGUGGGGGGGCGGUGUCCGUUUCCGGAAGUGACGUCAGGACCGGAAGCUGCCCCCGCGGUCGGGCUGAAGAUGGCGUAUCAGAGCCUGCAGCAGGAGUACUUGCAGAUCCCCCUAGUAACGCGGGCCUACACCACCGCCUGUGUGCUCACUACCGCCGCUGUGCAAUUAGAAAUAAUCACACCAUUCCAGCUAUACUUCAAUCCCGAGCUUAUAUUUAAACACUACCAAGUUUGGAGAUUAAUUACAAAUUUCCUGUUUUUUGGUACAGUGGGAUUUAAUUUUUUGUUUAAUAUGAUAUUCCUAUAUCGAUAUUGCCGGAUGCUUGAAGAAGGGUCAUUCAGGGGUCGAACUGCAGACUUUGUCUUUAUGUUUCUCUUUGGUGGAUUUUUGAUGACUAUCUUUGGCUUGUUUGUCAAUCUAGUGUUCCUGGGUCAGGCCUUUACUAUAAUGCUCGUCUAUAUAUGGAGCAGGCGAAAUCCUUACGUCAGGAUGAACUUCUUUGGGCUCCUUAAUUUUCAGGCUCCAUUCCUGCCCUGGGUACUAAUGGGCUUCUCAUUGUUGCUUGGGAAUUCAAUCAUAGUGGAUUUGUUAGGAAAGUUGUUUUUGAUAUUCCGGAAGAAGACCCCAACUAUAAUCCAUUGCCUGAGGACCGGCCUGGGGGUUUCAACUGGGGUGAAGGACAACGACUUGGGGGCUAGAUGCAAAUCAGCUGUAAGCAGCAAACACUCUGCAGGAUCUCAAAGGAUGUAUUUGUUCUCUUUUGCCUCCCUAUGUUCCCUGUCACUCUGGUUCAGUUCAAUAAAUGCCACCUUGCAGACUGCCAACGAGCCACCCAUCAGCAAGCACUUUCUGUAUGAUGGAUACCUGUCAAAUCUCGAAGGCAAAUUAUAAUUGGCCAAUAGUGCCUGCAGCAUUGUUUGUUUUACUGGAAUCACUGACAUUUCGAUGAGAUUUAUUCCAUCAAACUGAAGAUCUGAGUGCUCACAUUACUUGUCUCUUAGAAGAUCAAAUCUCUGAAGUCACAUUCACCUCAAUUGAAUGUGUAGCCAUAAUUUUUAUAUAACUGAUUGUUUUUAUGAGAAAUUGCUGACUGCUGUAAGAAUUCUUUUACAAUGAAAACAGAACUCAACCCAUCAAACAUCACUGUGAUCAGAGAGAUCAAAUUUCUGAGCAAAAAGACAGCAGAUGGAGUCUUUGAUCUAUUCUCAGCGGGAUUAAUGCAAGAAUAUGUUACCUAAGCACAGUCAACCUCCACAGUCUUUCCAUUGAUCUAUUUUGUCAGUCACACAUGUGGACAGCUAAGCCCAGUAGAUGUCAGUUUAGCCUGUAGCUAACCACUAUUGGUUAAACAGACUAACCAGUUGGUAUUACACAUUCUUUCCCUGUUACAGGCUGGUGUCAGAUGUGUAACCUGUUCAAACACAGAAAACUUUAGACAAUUAGCUACCAAUAAUCUGAGAAUACCUUCGGAACUUUAUCAGUGUUGCAAUGCCUGGCAACUAGGUAACGUAAACCUGCAGCUAGAAAUGUGUUUGCUUGUGAUAUGUUAAUUCUGAGAUUCACAGUCCCACACAACACAACCCAAUAUAAGCUGCCCGAGUAAUGGAGUGGGUAUGUAAUCUUACUGUCAGAAAUUAUUUGAUAGCAGAAGGCAAACGUUUCUGAGUGUUUCAGAUGCAUGCAAUGGGAGGGUAAGAUAUUGUUUUCUGUAAACUAAUCCUCUAUUAAAUUCUUAAUUAAUUAAUUAGCAACACCCAAUUGUAAAGAGAUAUCUCAAACAAAUUGCCUACAAAUCCAAAUAUUAAGAAUGUCUGGUCUAUAUUACAACUGCCAACUUGGAUAAAUUCCAUUAAAUGAAGCAUGUAUAACACGAUUCUCGUGUUCACAAUGUCCCACAUGAAUCUUAGCUGGGCUGGUGUCCUUGCUGAGAGAAGUUGAUUGCAGGCUGGAAUUACUAGCUUUUGAUUACAACGUUAAAAAUCACACAACACCAGGUUGUCCAACAGGUUUAAUUGGAUUACAAUUAAACAGGUUUAAUUUUGAUUACAAAGCAGUGUUUAAUUUCAAGGUCCAAGAACCAGAGGAAAUGAUGUGAGCACAACGGGACUAACAGCAGAUCAACCAAAGAACUGUGAACCAAGAGCAACUCUGUAAUCGUGCAGGGAGAUUGACAAGCUAAAAACUGUUCUUCUCAUAUAAAAGAGAAAACAUCACAGAUGUUGGAAAUCUGAAAUGUGAAGAUGCCGGAAAUACUCAGCAGGUCAGGCAAAAUUUCUGAAGAGAGAAGGCUAACAUAAAAUGGUUUGGACACUGGGGAGAACUCCCCUGCUCCUCUUCAGAAUGGUGUGUGGAUAUUUUAUGUUGGUGUGAAAACCUGUACUGCAGUAAACCACAGCCUUGUACUGCAAAGUUUGAAACAUUUUAAUCAAUUCACACUUGUGCCAAAUCUGAAGUACUUUGGAUGAUUCUAAUCAUAAAAUUUGAUUUGCUAAUUG